AUGUCAUCGACUAGCAUCACAGAACAAGAUACCAGGCCCCAAUGUUCCUCCCUUGAAAUAGCCAUCUUCAAUGCGACAUCCGCCCUCCUAGCCUACGCCGCCGGCGCCGACCGCCUGGAGCUCUGUGCCGAAGGCUCCUUUUCCCAUGGCGGCACCACCCCCUCUCUCUCGACACUGAAGAACGUUAUUUCAUCCCUCCAACAGGCCCAGGGCGACACGACAAAUAACUACAAAAAAUCAAUCCCUAUAUAUGCCAUGAUCCGCCCCCGUGGCGGAGACUUUGUCUAUGCCACAGAAGACUUCAACCUCAUGAAAGAGCAAUUACUGGCACUGAAAAACGCCUCUUAUAACGACGAACAACCACCAAACGACCAGCACGAUGGCAUCUUUAACAAUAUAUCCUUCAGCAAAGUCAAUGGCUUCGUCUUCGGUAUUCUGACCGAGGACGGCAGAGUCGAUCGCGCUCGGAAUGAGGAUCUAGUUCGUCUUGCGGCGCCCCUGCCGUGUACCUUUCACCGCGCAUUUGACGAGGUAAUCACAUCUAUUGAACAACAUCGUAGUACUAUGACUAGUAACAGUAGUGAUGGCGGUGCUGGUAGUGUUAGCAGCAGUAACAACCACAAAGAAAUACUACUCCAUGACGGGCUAGCGAACGAGCUUGAAGCGGUGAUAGAGGCCGGCUUUGCCUCUAUCUUGACCUCCGGCGGCACCGGUAAGAGUGCUUUGGAAGGGGCACAGCAAAUAAAUGCGUUGACUACUGCGGCCGACGGCAGGAUUGCAAUUAUUGCUGGCGGAGGGGUCAGAUCGAGCAACAUUGCGGAGUUACAGAGCAAGAGUCCGGGGACACCCUUUUUUCAUUCGAGUGCUAUAGUCGGAAAUGAUGGUGAUAGCGAUGUUGCAAGUCAGCAUGAAGUGAAAGCUUUGAAAAGAGAGCUGGUGCUAUCCAGGCGCUAG